AGUAGUCAUAGAGAGAAGAAAAGUCAGAAAAAAGAAAAAACAAUGGUGCUGCCCAGGCUCGAACUGGGGACCUUCAGUGUGUAAGACUGACGUGAUAACCGACUACACCACAGCACCGGAUUGGUCAAGCUCCUGAAACAUGAUGAUCUCUCCGGUUGGUUCCUUGGUUAUGUGGUGAGGAUUGGCAGACUGGGCUUUCUGGCAAAUAAAAAGUUGCACCGUGGAUCUUUUUCAGGGAAGAUUAUUUUUCAUUUAAUACAAUCAAGAUAUGACAAGUAUUAUUUUUGAGAGAAAAUCGAGAUAUCACCUUUUUCAUUUCAAAAGAUUUUUUCAAUUAUUGACGUUAAGAGUAUUCCAAAUUUAAACAUUUUUGAUAUCUCUGGAUAUCCUUGAUUCCAUGAUAUCCUCUCUGUUAGCCAGAGUUUUACAGAUCCACCACUCCCACCACCACCAUGUGUCAAACUACUAUCAGUGGUGGUGAAAAAAACAAAACCCAUUACUUUGAAACUAGUACUACUUAUUGGAAUAAGUUGAUCAAUUUUCCAAACCCAGAAAUUUUCAUGAAAUUAACAUUUUUAUUAUUCCUUUUCGUUUCAUUUGCAUUUCUUUUUUCCCUAUCAGGAUGGAUUAGAGAUCCAUUGUUGUUCAUUAGUACUCUUAAUACCCUUACCACCACCAAAUGUCCUGACACGACAACGAAAAUCGUCGUCCAAAAUCAAGAGUACAAAACCAACAUUUCUCAUCUUGUUUUUGGUAUAGGAGGUUCAAUACAGACAUGGGAAUCUCGAAAACAUUAUGCGGAGUUAUGGUGGAAACCGAACGUCACGCGUGGGUAUGUAUGGUUCGAUGAGGAGCCAAACGGGACAUGGCCUGAGAAUUCACUGCCGUAUCAGGUUUCGGAGGAUGUGUCGGAGAGAUUCAAGUAUGGGACUACGUCGGCGAAUCGGAUAGCUAGAAUUGUUUUGGAGACUUAUAGAUUGGGGUUUGAGAAUGUCAGAUGGUUUGUCAUGGGUGAUGAUGACACUGUUUUCUUCACUGAGAACUUAGUUACUGUUUUAGCGAAGUAUGAUCAUAAUCAAAUGUAUUAUAUAGGUAUGAAUUCGGAGAGUGUCGAACAAGAUGUGUCGCACUCGUAUACCAUGGGUUAUGGUGGUGCUGGUUUUGCUAUUAGUUAUCCUUUGGCGAAACUAUUAGUGAGAGUCUUGGAUGGAUGCAUUGAAAGGUAUUCUUAUCUGUAUGGUUCUGAUGCGAGAGUUGGUGCUUGUAUGAAUGAGAUUGGGGUUCCCUUGACCAAAGAACUCGGCUUCCACCAGGUUGAUAUUCAUGGUGAUCCGUAUGGUUUAUUAGCUGCGCACCCAGUGGCACCACUUGUCUCGUUGCAUCACCUCGACUAUGUGAAUCCAAUUUUUCCUACUAACAUUAGUCAAAUUGAUUCCUUGAAAAGGCUAAUGGGUGCAUACAAAAUGGACCCAGGGAGAACCUUGCAGCAGAGUUUCUACCAUGAUUGGCGACGGAAUUGGUCAGUGUCUGUAUCUUGGGGUUACACUGUUCAGAUAUACCCGUGGUACGUGAAAGAUAGUCUACUCAGAACCGCAUUUCAGACGUUUCAAACUUUUGGUAGUUGGAGUGCCGAACCUUUCACAUUCAAUACUCGUCCCAUGAGUUCCGAACCUUGUGAACGGCCGCUUGUGUAUUUCCUGGACAAUGUGAAGAAUGGUAAUGAAGUUGGAGAAGAUUACGAAACAUUUACUUCGUAUAAGAGGUUUGUAGCUGAGCCAUGGAGGGAUGAGUGCAACAGAACUGACUUCCGUUCUGCUCUGGCUUUGGAUACUAUUAACAUUACGGCUCCAAGGAUUGAUCCGGGCAUGUGGAGCAAGGCACCGCAAAGACAAUGCUGCGAGAUCACCACCCCCUUUGACGGAGUGGCUAACAGCUCUGUUCAUAUUAGAAUCAAGAGUUGCAGUUUUGAUGAAAGUUUUUCUCUGCCUAGGUAGAAUCACUGAUCCCAU